AUGGCGGAACCGGCGAAGAAAACAGAAAACAUCACAUUGGACAACGUCGCUGAGCAGAAGUAUGACCUCAUAACACGACGUUUGCAGGAGGUCCUGGGCGGAGAUACGAUCAGAGCAAUCCUCGCGGAGGGCCGGGCACCAAAAUGCUACUGGGGUUCUGCACCUACAGGAAGACCACACAUAGGGUACUUCGUACCAUUGACCAAGAUCGCCGACUUCCUCCGUGCUGGUGUCGCAGUCACCAUUCUACUUGCUGACGUACAUGCGUUCCUGGAUAACCUCAAAGCACCUCUAGAACUCGUCGCUCACCGCACAAAGUACUACAAACACAUUCUCAAAAGCGUCUUCACGUCGCUAGGAAUCCCUACGAACAAGCUGCGCUUCGUCGAGGGCUCCUCCUACCAACUCACGCGGGAGUACAACAUGGACAACUACCGGCUCUGCGCCAUCGUCACGGAGCACGAUGCCAAGAAGGCCGGUGCGGAGGUGGUGAAGCAGGUCGAGAGCCCGCUGCUGAGCGGUCUGCUCUACCCGGGCAUGCAAGCACUAGACGAGCAGUACCUCGGGUGUGACUUCCAGUUCGGCGGUGUCGACCAGCGGAAAAUCUUCACCUUCGCCGAGCUCUACCUCCCGCGCCUCGGCUACGCGAAGCGCGCCCACCUCAUGAACCCCAUGGUGCCCGGGCUCGGCGGCGGCAAGAUGUCCUCCUCCGACCCGGACUCGAAGAUCGACUUUCUCGAGGCGCCCGCGGAGGUCCGGCGCAAGAUCAAGCGCGCCUUCUGCGAGGAGGGUAACGUCCAGGAGAAUGGCGUGCUCUCCUUCGUCGAGGCCGUCCUCAUCCCGAUCAGCCAGCUGCGCAUCGAGCGCCUCCACGGCGAGACCGGCGCGGACGCGGACGAGGGCGCGAGUGCGGUGGGCACGCAGACGCCCUUCGCGCUCGAGGGCGCGCCGGAGGGCACCGUGUUCUCGAUCAGUCGCCCGGAGAAGUACGGCGGCUCGCUGCACUACCAGGCCUUCGCAGACCUGAAGCGCGACUUUGCGGACAAGAAGAUCCACCCUGGUGACUUGAAGACCGCGGUGGCGGACGCGAUCGUGCAGCUGCUGGAGCCGAUCCGGAAAACGUUCGAGGAGAGCCAGGAAUGGCAGGAGGUGGAGAAGCUAGCGUACCCGCCCCCGCCACAGCCGGAGAAGAAGAAAAAGAAGAAGGUGUACCAUCCCCCGCCUCCCGGUAAGGGUAAGAACGCUCGCGCGGACCCCGCUGUGGCGACGAAUGGCGGCGACUCUGUCCCUGCUUCCAGCGAAGAGGCACAUUCCACCGCGGAGGCAGCCAAACAACAAACAUAG